AUGAACCAAAGCGGCGGAGAUCAUAGUAGUAAACACAAGAGGAAGAGACAAAUUUUAAAUAAUUCAGAAUCCGCUAUGAAUUCAUUAACAUUGGAACCCAACAUUUUAUCAUCAUCAUCAAACAAUAAUUUAAUGCCACCACCGACGUCGUCAUCAUCAAAAAAACGAAAAACCAAAAAACAAACAGAACCAAAAAACUAUAGCAAUAUACUACCUUUUGAUUUUUAUGAUAAAUUAAACAUCCACGGCCAAUAUGUUUUUGUACUUUCGGAACUGGAGCGAGAAAGUAAUUACCUAAAUGAUGUCCAUAAGAAACUUUUAGAACAACUGCACAAACUUCAGAUUGAAGAAUCUAUUAUGAAGAAACAUUUUGAAGCAAUUCAUCAUCACCAUCAGCAACAAGAGGAAUUGGUAGAAAGCAAUGAACCAGUUCCCGAUACUGUUCCGUCAUUCACAUCCUAUUUGGCUGAACUUAUUGGUCAUUCAUCAGCCCAACAUAUUCAUGAUGAUUUCCAUGAUACCAGUUCAAAUAUCUUAUAUGCUCCCGAAAAUAUCAUGUCAACAGAAAAUAUUAAAUAUGCUCCUGGAUUUAGCGAACUGGAAGAACUGAAAUCUAGUAAUAAGAGAUGUUCAACUUCUACAUCGUCUGCACACGAUCAUGUAGAUGAAUAUGAUAAUGGGAAUUUAGGCUCUAAUGUACCAGAGGUGAAAUCUAAAAACUUUUUAACGCUACGCAAAAUGGUAGAGGAUAAUUCUUUUUUUGAUUUAUAA